AUGGCCAAAGCGGAAUUCACCCCUACUGAAAGCUUCACCCACUUGAAACUGACAGCAGAAAGGAUGAUGCACGAUCAAGCUACUACGAAGACUGACCUGAGCAUUACCCAAACAAAGCUUCAAAGAUUUGAGAAGAUUGAAAAGACUUUGGAGCUGAAGAAGCAAGAGUUGCAGAAUGAAAAUCACAUGCUCAGAGUCAAAUUGGAAGAGGACGAGAAGAAAUGGCAGAGUCUAGAAACAAGAUUGCAGGUUAUAAACGCAUUUAGCCAGUCUCUAACGGAAACUUUGCAAAGCCUCCAGCAACAAGUGGAAGAAGGUGAAAGCAUCCGCGUUGACCUUGAACAGAAGCUUAUCGAGAGGGCGAACUAUUACGAAGAUACUCAGGCGAAGAUUGUAGCACUCAGGAGGGAGAACGAGCGGGCAGAAGCUAAUGCAGCGAAGAGAUUGACAGAAAGCGUGGAAAUUCAGAAGACUCUGUCGGAGCUGCAGGAGGAGAUUCACAGGAAGGAAGAAGAGAUCCUGAAAUUGCGUGCAGAGAAAGAUGAUUUUGAAGCUGCUUUGAAAGAGGCCAGCGGGAGAAACGACAGUCUCGCCGAGACGAUAGCAAACCUCAGAGCCGGGGAGGAGACGCUGAAGUCACAGCUCAGCAGGAGAAAUGAUGAGUACGAGCAGCUCAACGUCCAGCUUGAGAACUCGUUGAAAGCCCAGAAGGAGACGGAGAAGCAUCGAGAGGCAGUGGAUAACCAAUUCAAGCAAGCCAAACAAGAGCUGGUUGAAGUCACCCAUCAACUGGCGGAGGCCUCAGAGAACGUUCAACAUCUGGAAGCACAAGGGCAGAUCUUCCUUCAGAAGGUCGGAGAUCUUUCCGAGGCGCUGAAAGCAAGCAAUGAACGUAGUUCAGAGGAGCAAACGAAGAACGGAAUACUAGAAGCCGAAGUCCAAGAGUUGAGGGCCAACCUUACAGACGCUGCACGCCAGUUCCAAGAAUUCCAAGCCCUCAACGAAUCGACCACUAGGCAUGGCGCUAAUCAAGCAGCUUCUCUGUCAGCUGAGAUCCAAAGGUUGGCGGAAAUCGUCUCAGCCACGCAAAACAACAAAGAAGUGCUGGAGACGGAGCUUAUUCGACAGAAAGAGACCACGGUGGACCUCCAAAAACAAAAGGAGAAUCUGGAGCAAGCCGCCAUUACGCUGACAUUUAAAAUGGAAGAGAAUCUGCUCAAGUUCAAUGAAGAGCUUCAAUCGAAGGCCUCCGAUGUGGACCGGCUCAGAAGAGUUGUUUCGGAGGAGGAAACAAAAAAAGAGGCUUGCUUGGUACAAUUAGAAGCAAUGAAGAAGGAGUUAGCGAGGGAAAUCGAGGAGAAAGAGAGCUUGCAAGGUGCCGUUGAGAACAAGGAAACCACCAAUGCACAGCUCCUUGAGAAGCUCAAGUCACUCGAUGAAACCAUGCAAGCUGCAGCAAAAGAAGCAGAAGCGAAGAUGGAAAAGAAGCAGGCGGAGCUGAAUCAACAUCUGAAAGAGAUUUCUGAUCGGAACAAUCAAGAGAUGGCGGACAUUCGCAAGGGCUUGGAGGAAGAGACGAAGACUAUGAGAGCUGAGAAGGAAAAGAUGUUGGAAGAGCUAGCUGGCAAAGACGCUGACCACGCCAAGUUGACCGAGACUCUUCAGAGCUUGUUGAAGGUCAAGCAAGCAGAGCUUGAAGAUGCCCUCAACAGUGAAGCUCAGCUGAAAGAUGCUGUGGGCAAGGAAAAACCAAAGGCGGAAAAGAAGAUCCAGACGGGAGUGCAACGGCAACAGGAGGAAGCAAUCAGCAUGGCUACCCAGGAGAUUAAAGCCCAGCUACGCAAGGUUGCGGAGGCGAAGUCGCUGACUCGAAGCAAAGUUGAUCGAGAAGAAACGAAGGACCCUCAAAGCGCCGAAGCAAUUGCAGCCGAGGAGGUCAAGCUCCUGGAUUUGACCGCGACGGAUCAGGAGAUAAAAGAGGCGGCACCCAACGUGGUCAAAGACAAGAAGAAGCGCCCAAGGCAAACACGCACACAGCCAGAAAGCGACGAAGACGAGGAGGAGAUCUUCAAUCCAGCCGCCACAACGGUUCAGAAGAUACGGAGGCACGAGGUUGAAGUCGCGACGUCGAGACAGAAUCAGACCGUCACUAACCACAAGAAGACCAAAAGCGUCACCUUCGGGCGUCAGAAGCCGGCUCCCUCGGGCAUCUCGAACGGUGAAGGCUUGUUUGGCGAGGAUCAUCUGGACCCAUAUGCUUUGGAUUGA